AGCGCACAGUAUGGUUUACGGCGGGUUGACGAUGAAAGUCUAGUGUAGCGAGGAAAAGGGCUAAGAUGGCAAAAAAUGGUGAAAGGAAGAAGCCCGAUAUCUCACUUUUCCACCGAAUCGUUGCUUCUUCGGUUGGUGGGAUAAUGACAGCUUUUGUUAUGACACCCCUAGACGUCUUGAAAGUGCGGAUGCAGUCCCACCGAGUGUAUUCGGAUAGCAAAUGUCUUACUUAUUGCAAUGGGCUAAUAGAAAGGCUUUGCACAUGCUCACUUAGUCCUAACACGUGCGCUGUCUCGUGGUCAAAAAAUGCUAUGAAAUGUUCUGGCAGAUGGAAUUGGUUUACCUCCAAUGAAUCUCACUCUUGUUCCACAUGUAUCCUGCAUUCUGAAAAUCCAUCCUUUGUCACUUUUUAUCGGCGUACCCCAAGCGCUACAGUUACACUCAUGAAAAUUAUUCGCAAUGAAGGUAUUUUAUCACUAUGGAGUGGACUUUCACCAACACUUGUAAUGACUCUUCCCCAGACUGUUAUCUACUUCACUGUUAAUGAUUGGUUAAAACAUCAAGUUGGAUAUACUUCGAAAACCAAGCAUAAAUCAAUGCCAGAAAAUAUAACUGAACAGAAUUAUGCCUCGGCUAAGCAUUUUAUCCCACCAUUAGUUGGUGGUGUAUCCCGAGUAUUUGCCGUAAUGGCUAUCUCACCAAUUGAAUUGUUACGGACAAAAAUGCAAGCGAAGAAAAUACCCUACCGAGAAAUAACAACAUUGCUUGUUACAACAGUGAAACAGGACGGCAUAAAGAGUCUGUGGUUAGGCACUGGGCCAACUCUUCUACGUGAUGUCCCGUAUUCCAUGAUAUUUUGGCUAACCUAUGACUAUAUGAAAUCGCAUCAUAUCAAUGAUCAAUCAAGGCUUAAUUUACUCCCACACAAUACAUCAUCAAAUACUCUUGAUGCAGUACAGUUCACGUAUGCAUUAAGUUUUGGAGCAAUGGCUGGCUUGAUUUCUGGAGUAAUAACGCAUCCUUUCGAUGUGAUUAAAACGCACAGACAAGUUGAUUUUGGUAAUCACUCGCUAGCAUGUAGUCAUUCUUAUCCAACAUCAACAUGGGCAUCAUUACUUAAUUUGUACAGAAGAAACGGUUUUCCUGCCUUGUUCUCUGGUUUUACACCCAGAUUGAUUAAAACAACAAGCGCUUCUGCAAUAAUGAUUGCAAUUUUUGAAAGUUUAAAGGAGAAAUUUGUAAAUAUUGGAACAACUUAGUGUGAUGUGUAUGCGUGUGCCUGCCUGCCUGUUCAGAACAAGAAGACAAGCAUGCAAUCACUUUUACUUCCAGCCUUUUCUGCAGUCUCGUUCUUUGAAAUGUUUUUACACAUGCUAUUUUCAAAUAGUGUUACUUUUGUAGAAGCAACUAAUAUUGUGUCUUUUCUCGACGAAGUCAGCCGUCUUCAAAUGCCUAAUUGUUUCACAGUUGUGGUUCGUAUCGAUUUUUACUAAUAUAUCCGACAGUUUAUCAUAUAUUACUCUACUAUCACACUCUGCACACACACUCUCUCUCUAAAAAAAUUAAUAUCUCAGAAUAUUGAAGGAUGAAGUCUCGUAAUCCUGUGACUCUCUGCCUUAAGGAUAGUUUAAACACCGACAGUCUUCUUCUCACCACACAGUGAUGUGGUCAACCCCACCCCCCACACGACACCGCACCCUUCACCCCCAGAUUGGAUUGUAUACAGUUAUUGCAUAAUCAGUCUUUAUGAUAUCAGAUUCGCAUUACUUACUGUCUAUCUCUCACCUAUCCAUCUGCCUGCCUGUCUUCGACUCCUAUUGCCUUAUUAUUCUUGCAUGUACAUCAUUUUCGAAAAUUUGUUGUAUACUACUUUAAAUCAGUGUAUAUCAGUAGUAUGUAUGUCAUACAGAAUUGAGAGCAUUUUGCACAGUGUGUUGUUACAGUAAUUAGCGAAACUGCACAGUAAAAUUGAUUUCUUCAUUGUUAUUCUUUUUUACGCUUUAUC